AGCUGUAACAAUCGCAGCAAUCGAUUUAGGCAUCACCUAUAUAGAUAUAUCUUUUAUCAAUCGCAUCAACACCUUCAGCAUGCAAGCAGUUCGAGGAGUCCUGGCCGUGUUUGUCUUAGCACUGGUCGGCAUCGUUAGCGGCGGCAAAAUGAUAUCUGACUUUCCGAAACUAUCGGUUCAACAGAUGUGUGAGUUGAUGCCGGCGGAUACGAGUUUCCUGCGUCCGCAUACCUGUAACUAUUGGGUACGUUGUCCGGCAAAUAAUACCAGCUUGGAGGAAGGCACCUGUGCCGCCGGUUUGAACUACAACAAGGAUCUGGGACGUUGCACCAUGGCUGCAAAUGUGGAUUGCCCCUAUUCAAAGGAUUCGAUCAGUACCACCGACAAUUUAUGCGCUAAUGAAACGGACGGAACCUUCUUGGCCGACAACAGUAGCAACGAUUGCAAGGGCUACAUUCUGUGCAAGGCACGGCGCGAGAACAAGUCCAACUGCCCCAACAAUUUGAUCUUCAAUCCGACAACACGCUCCUGCGUUUACACCAAUCAAUACAGGUGUCCUGUCAACGGUGCAAAGACAAAGUCUCCCGCCUGCCUUUCCUUGCCGAACAACACUCGGCUGGCCAAUGAUGAACAUUGUGAAAAAUAUUACAUCUGCGUCGAUGAUAUUCUCUAUGAGCGUGAGUGUUCCGAUCAAAGUGCCUACGAUGUUGUCCUGGGUCGCUGUGUGUCAGCCCUGAAUGCCACCUGUUACAGCACGGCCAAAUUGCCGCCACCGGAGAACACAUUCUGCACUUCAAUGGGAAAACCUAAGGUGGGAUACUUUGCUGAUGACGAAUCCUGCAGCCAUUACUACAUCUGUGGCGAUACCGUCAACGGCAAACACGACACUAAUCCCCAACAUCUGCAAUGCGGUCAGGGACUGUACUUUGACUACGAGAAACUCUCCUGUCGCGAACGUCUCAAUGUCCGUUGCACCCUCGAUCGCUGUGCUGACACCAGCCUCACCUAUGUGAAUGUCCUUGGUGAUUGUCAGGCCUAUGCCCGCUGCUCUGGUGGCGCCACAGUCGGAUCGGGACGUUGCCCCGCCGAUUACUACUUUGAUGAGCGCAGCCAGGGCUGCACACCCGUCAACCACAACUACGUCGCAUGCGCUGCCUAAACACCCAACAACAACAAGAAAUUCAAAAGUUAUAGUAAAAUAACAAACAAAAAAGAAGUAAACAUUUUAAGCUACAUCAUGGAAUUGAAAUUUAAUUAAUUAAAUAUGCAUCAAAUAUGGUGGAAGUCAUUGAAGGCAUUAA